AUGAAGGGACUUAUUCUUGUCGGUGGCUUCGGCACUCGCCUUCGCCCUCUCACCCUCACCCUCCCUAAGCCACUUGUCGAGUUCGGCAACAAGCCCAUGAUCGUGCACCAAAUCGAGGCGCUGGUCGCAGCUGGCGUCACUGACAUCGUGCUCGCUGUCAACUACCGACCCGAGAUCAUGGAGAAGUUCCUGGCCGAGUAUGAGGAAAAGUACAACAUCAACAUUGAGUUCUCUGUCGAGUCUGAGCCCCUCGACACUGCCGGACCCCUGAAGCUCGCCGAGUCCAUCCUCGCCAAGGACGACUCCCCCUUCUUCGUCCUCAACUCGGACGUCAUCUGCGAUUACCCUUUCCAGGACCUCCUGGCCUUCCACCGGAGCCACGGAAACGAGGGUACCAUCGUCGUCACCAAGGUCGAGGAGCCCUCCAAGUAUGGUGUCGUUGUCCACCAGCCCGGCCACCGCUCGCUGAUCGACCGAUUCGUCGAGAAGCCCGUCGAGUUCGUCGGCAACCGCAUCAACGCCGGCAUGUACAUUUUCAACACCUCCAUCCUCGACCGUAUCGAGCUCCGCCCGACUUCGAUCGAGAAGGAGACCUUCCCCGCCAUGGUCCGCGACAACCAGCUGCACUCGUUCGACCUCGAGGGCUUCUGGAUGGACGUUGGUCAGCCCAAGGACUUCCUCAGCGGCACAUGCCUGUACCUCUCCUCGCUCACCAAGCGGGGUAGCAAGGAGCUCACUCCCCCCACCGAGCCCUUCGUCCACGGUGGCAACGUCAUGAUUCACCCCUCGGCCAAGAUUGGCAAGAACUGCAGAAUCGGACCCAACGUCACUGUUGGUCCCGAUGUUGUUAUUGGCGACGGUGUCCGUCUGCAGCGAUGUGUGCUGCUCCGCGGAUCCAAGGUCAAGGACCACGCCUGGGUCAAGUCCACCAUCGUCGGCUGGAACAGCACUGUCGGCCGAUGGGCUCGUCUCGAGAACGUGACAGUCCUGGGUGACGACGUGACAAUCGGCGACGAGAUCUACGUCAACGGUGGCAGCGUCCUCCCCCACAAGUCGAUCAAGGCCAACGUUGACAUCCCCGCCAUUAUCAUGUGA